ACCGCUUUCGCUCGUGUACCACCACGGACAAUUUCAACUGCUAUUUAAAUACGUGUUUAACGAUCGUCGGAUAAUUUAAUUGAUUCGUUGUUGUGAAAUCAUACGUUUUAUUGCCUGAAAGUGUUUCUGAAUUAUAAAAAUAAGCUAAAGAAUUAAUAUUUAAAAUGAACAUAUUUUCUUGACCGUUAAUUUAUAAAUAAUUAUUCUGUGAUUUUUUUAUAAAGAAAAUGCAUAAACGGAAACAAUGUACGGGCCGGUUUCGGUGAGAUGUUGGGUGAAGAUUAGUGUUGGACUGAGGUACUGAGAGUUGUUUCAUGGAUGUGGAAAACGCGGAGUGUUGGAGGGCAGGAGGCGAGAGGAUGGUGGCCGAGGAGGGCAAGACUAGGGCGACUGACUUCUCCAUCGCCGCGAUCAUGGCCCGCAGCAGCGCGGAGCCGCGCAGCCCCGUCGCGCACACGCCGCCACAUACCGGUUCUGUGUCACGGCAGAGCUCGCCAGCAUCGCUCAGCUCGCCGGCGUCGAGUUGCCGGUCGCCGCUGCCGGACGAAGAUGUUGAGGUCGACGUGGAACAGUGCUCUGAUGGAGAGCGGGACGCGUCCGACCACGCCGUGCCUUCGCCUGCCCCAUCCUCUGAACUAGGCGAACGAGAUACACCUUCGCCAGCGCGGCCGCUACCUCCCACCACCUCUUGCAACUGCGAGGAGUUACUCUCAGUGGACUGCCAGCUGGAGACCAAGGAGCUGUGGGACAAGUUCCAUGACCUGGGCACUGAGAUGAUCAUCACCAAGAGCGGAAGACGCAUGUUCCCGACGGUGCGCGUGUCGUUCGCGGGCUGCCGCGCGGAGGCGCGCUACGCCGUGCUGCUGGACGUGGUGCCGGUGGACGGCAAGCGCUACCGCUACGCGUACCACCGCUCCUCGUGGCUGGUGGCCGGCAAGGCCGACCCUCCCGCGCCCGCGCGCCUCUACCCGCAUCCCGACUCGCCCUUCUCCGGAGACCAGCUGCGCAAGCAGGUCGUAUCCUUCGAGAAGGUCAAACUCACCAACAACGAGAUGGACAAGAACGGACAGAUCGUGCUAAACUCGAUGCACCGGUAUCAACCGCGCAUCCACCUCGUGAAAGUCCGUGAGGGGGGCGGACCCAUCACCGAUCUGACGCGGGAGCAGCACCGCACCUUCGUGUUCCCGGAGACGGUGUUCACGGCCGUCACUGCCUACCAGAACCAGCUCAUCACCAAGCUCAAGAUCGACUCCAACCCCUUCGCUAAAGGAUUCAGGGAUUCUUCGCGAUUGACGGACUUUGAUAGAGAUCCAAUGGAGCUGAUGUUGAUGGAGCAACAGUUGCUGCGGUCACCGCUCCGGCUGUACGCGGGCGGGGCGGGGGGUGCGGUGGGCGCGGGGGCCGCCGAUGAGGAAGCGGAGAAGCGCGCGGCGUGGGCGCGGGCGCCGGGCGCGCUGCAGCUGCUGGCGCUGGGCGGGCGCGCGUGGCCGGCCGCGUGGCCGCCGCCGCUGGCGCUGGCGCCCGACCUGUGGCUGCACAAGCCGGCCGCGCCGCUGCGCUACUGCCCCUACCCGCCGCCGCAGCCCCCGCCGCCGCGCGCGCACCACGACCAGCCCUCGCCGCGGCACCCGCUGUGAGCCCCGACUCUCCUCAGGACUCGCCUCUCGCCGCCGCUCGAUGCUCAGCUCGCAGCGCUCCGGGCUUCAACGAAAACGUGCUGUGACAACGGCUCCAUCAUAUCCGACAGUUUACAGUAUUAACUCGCUUGAACUGCGCCCCAGAAUGAUGACCGGCUUUCAAAAGACUAUUUAUUUUAUUCAAAGUGAGUUUCAAAUUAGUACCUUAAUAGACAAAUGUAUGUAACUGAGUAGUAAUAAGUUGUCGAUAGGUAUAUUGUGUAACUUUAUAACAUAACAUAAUUUCAAGGUUCCUACCCGAAAAUAAAAUAUUGAAAGUAAUGUUAAUGUAGAGAAAAGAAUAUUAAUUAACAAUAGUUACCUGCACAUAUUAGUUACUCCUUCCUUUAAUGUUUAUAUUUCCCUAGUUGUAUGCUCUCAUAU